AACGCGCCGUUUCCAGACGGAAGACUUGUGCGGGAGUACCAGGUCAGAACAAACACAACAGCACGUAACCGGCAUAGAGAUGCACUUUUCACAGGUUUUAUAGCUGUUUAAGCGUAGUUGUGUUUGUGUUUUCAGCAUGUUUAUCCGGUGCUGUCCUUGUUUCUAACAGAAUAUCUUCGGAAUAACUUAUUUUAGCUCACACGCAGGAACUGACCUGUAUGCUAACUCUUAGCCUGUCGUUAGUUGCUGUGUAAACUGUCUCUGUGAAACACCGUCCGUAUUUCUAAUCUGCUUCGAAGGACGCACACUAGCUCAUAUAAAAUGUCGGUACAUUUAAUCUAGUCAGCACUCUGGCUGUGAAUAAUUUACAUGCAGUCCGGAUGAUAAAAGAAGUGCAGCAAAGGUGAAGCAUUAUGACUUCUGCAGAAGUCAUGAAGGAGUUUUUGAGGAAGAUACACAGCAUCUUUGUAAGGGUCGCCCUGUUCCCGAGCACGUUUGGCAGGUCUGGUCCGCGGCCGGCUGCCUCAGAGGUGUUGACCUGCCACCUGCUGCAGCGUAAACUCCCGCCGUGGACUUCAUACUGCGUCCGCUACAGCUCCGUCCACAAUGACCAGUUUGGACUGUCCAACUUUAACCGGAGAGUCCAGGAAUCCAACUAUCAAAUACUGAGAACAGGUUGCUUCCCCUUUAUAAAAUAUCACUGUACCAAAGCGCCUCCGCAGAACCUGGACUUCGAGAACAAGUUUUUUACUAUGUUGAAAGUUGUUAAUCUAGGCAUCCCUUGUUUGGCCUAUGGCAUUGGUUGCUGGAUGGUGGUAGGAGCUGCAGAAACAGUGCAAACAAGUGCUGGACCUGUCACAGUCUAUUUCGCCUACAAAGAAGAUGAAGGUGCACAGUACUAAACCGUGAAGAAAACUCUGUUUUUAAUGUAUUUUCAAGAAACUUGCCUGCCAAGCUGCUUUAUUCACAACAGAUCCCGAGGUGAUGAUCUGGUGGUCCUAUUGACAAAAGUGCCAUUUGUGUGCUUUUAGUGGUCCUCUUGUCCGACUGCACACUUGGUUCAUUUGUGUUUAAUUAUUUAAGAUUUAAAAGUUGCAGUAGAGGAGUCAGUUAUGCAUGUCAUUAUGCUGACAUACAAUCCUGACAUUGUUUGUUUCGGAAAGCUAACUUUUCAUUAAAAUUUAAUGCAAAGCUUAGGAUUUCUACAAGAAUAGACUAUUUAACAAUGCUUCUUUUCCUGGCUGUCUUCACAGCAGGGUUUGUGAGCAACACUGUAUAAUCCUGCACGUGUCAUUGAAGUAAAUACACUGUAAAAAUAUAUUUUUGCAGCAAAUAUUAAAGUAUAUGCAAGAGUGCA